AUGAGCAAGGAACUUCUGAAAAUGGGAUCAAUAGCCUACCAAAACUUUCUGGAAUCACUGAAAAUCACAAGGCCCAUCAUUCAAGCACCCAUGGCGGGUGUAACUAGCCCAAAGAUGGUUGCAGAAGUCUGUAAUAAUGGGGCGUUAGGAUCAUUACCAGUUUCACAUAUCAAUUUGAAAUCAUCUUCUGGGAUAGCAGAACUCAGAAACCUAAUAAAUGAGGUCAAGUCAUACACGAGAGGUACAUCUCUUUGUCGAAAUGUUAAUUUGAAUUUCUUCUGCCAGGAAGCUAUCCUCGACAUAUCAUCUGCUCAGAAAGAAAACUGGUGCUCCUUGUAUGAGAAGGUUUCGAACAUUGCCAUUGAUAGAAAGGAAUUUGUCUUUGAAGAACGAUCAAUAUCGUUCAAAGAGUACGAAGAUGGGAAAGCAUUCCAGGACCUCCUAGCGUUCUUCAAGGAUGAGUACAAGCCAAAAGUUGUUAGUUUCCAUUUCGGCCAUCCCACGAAACGAUCGAUUAGAGCCCUACAAGAUUUGGGGAUCCAGGUUUACGUCACAGCAACAUGCGAAGAAGAAUAUCAGUUACUCCUCGAACUUCAAGUCGACGGAGUAAUAUGUCAAGGUUAUGAGGCUGGAGGACAUAGAGGUAACUUUUUGCAGCUUUCUGAGCGGUUUGACGAGAAACUCUCGACAGCGUGCCUAGUUAAGCGAAUCAUGCGCCUUCCCAAGACUGAACAUAAGAAAGUUCCCUUUAUAAUCCCUGCCGGCGGCCUCAACACGCCCACAGACGUCAAGUAUAUGCUAGAGAUUGGUGCUUCCGCUGUGCAAAUUGGCACAGCAUUCCUCGGUACAACAGAAUGUAAAGUAUCCAAGAAGCUGCAUGAAAUCCUUCAUGAAGGUAAAAGGCCAGAACCGACUCUGAUGAUUAGCACUGUUUCAGGUAAGAGCGCGAGAGCUAUUUCGUCACCGUUCCUGCGGAAUUUGCACUCAACUUAUGCAAACGAAGAUCUUCCUGAUUAUGGAUACAUGUACAAUUCUUUUAAGAAACUGAGAAACUUAUAUCCAGAUAAGCUCAAUUUUAUGCUGGCAGGACAAAAUUACUCAUCUAUUGAGACAAACUUGUCGAUAGCCGAACUACUGACAUAUCUAUCUGAAUCCGUUGAAUGCAAAUAA